CAACGCUUGACUAUGCCUCAUGCCGCCCGAAUUCUUAGCUCUCCGUCGCAUCCCACAGAACAUACCCUAACUCGUUGCAGGAGACUGAUCCCUUCCUAGACAUGCCUCGCCCUCAGGAGAGAGUGUUUAUCAUCGGCGCGGGAUGCACGGCGUUUAUCAAGCCAAGGGGAUUACGUUCGACGAAUGAUAUGGGUCUGGAGGCUGCAACCAAGGCGCUCCUCGACGCUGGUAUCACUUAUGACCACAUCGAACACGCGUUUGCGGGCUACUGCUACGGCGACUCCACCAGCGGCCAAGCGGCGCUGUACAACCUCGGGCUGACCGGCAUCCCCGUCACCAACGUGAACAACAACUGCUCGACGGGGAGCACCGCGCUGCUGCACGCCGCGAACCUCAUCCGCGGCGGCCUCGCGCGCUGCACGCUCGCGCUCGGCUUUGAGCGCAUGGCGCCCGGGAGCCUCGGCUCGCACUGGCCGGACCGCGAGAACCCGAUGCAGGCGCUGAACGCGGCGGACGCGCGCGCGGAGGCGAGGCUGGGCAAGAAUCACGGGCCUGGGGCGCCGCGGAUGUUUUCGAACGGGGCGCAGGAGUAUUUUGAGCUGUAUGGGGGCGAUAUCACGCAUCUGGCGAAGAUUGCGUCGAAGAAUCAUAAGCAUUCCGUGAACAAUCCGUACUCCCAAUUUCGCGACGGGUGGUCGGAGGAGCAAGUACUCAAUGCGCAGAAGAUCACGAACCAGUUGACGAAGUAUAUGUGUAGCCCGACAUCGGACGGCGCGGCGUGCUGCAUCGUCGCCUCGGAGGACUUCGUGCAUGAGCACGGGCUCGAGAACCAGGCGAUCGAGAUCGUCGCCCAGGCGCUGACGACGGACGGCCCGGACGCGUUCGACGGGAAGAGCGCGAUGGACGUCGUCGGGUACGGUAUGUCGAAGCGGUGUGCGGAUGCGGUGUUCAAGCAGGCUGGGUUUGGGGAGGGCGAGGGCCGGGAUCUGGUCGGUGUCGUCGAGUUGCACGAUUGCUUUGCUGCGAACGAGCUCAUCACGUACCCUGCGCUUGGCCUGUGCUCGCUCGAGGACGCGUACAAGUUUGUUGAACGCGCUGAUAACACCUAUGGCGGCAAGUACGUUGUCAAUCCCAGCGGCGGGCUCGAAGCGAAGGGCCAUCCUCUGGGCGCGACCGGCGUCGGAAUGCAUUUCUAUAUCGCGAUGCAGCUGCGUAACUGGGCAGGCCCGAUGCAGGCUCCGGGGCUGUUCGAUAUCCCAGAUAAGCGCGGGAAGUAUGGGUUGGUGCACAACGUUGGCCUCGGCGGGGCUGUGGUCGUCAGCCUUCUCCGCCGACCAGAAUUCUAUAAGGAGGGAGGGAAGGACGGUAGGGAUCGGUUGGGCUACAAUCACGCACAUGUUUGCAAGCCUAUCACGCGGAGCGAUUUUGACAAGGCGAAGGCGAAGAGCACCUCGGAGCAAGUGUUGCAGUUCGCAAAGCUGUAAGCACUGAGAUGUAGGAUCGGUUUUGGACCUUCCAAGUGUAUGAUCGGCUACCGAAUGUCAUCAAUAUGUGUAAGAUUGGAAGAUGAUCGAUUGGUUUCGCAUGAUCGAAAUGUGGAUGGCACGCUUCUUACAGC